AUGCCCCGCGCCGAGCCGCCGCGGUUGCCAGGCAACGCACGAUCCUUGCCGCCGGUCGCGUUGAGUUCCGCUCGGCCAUGGGGCCGCAGCGCCUCCCGCCGCUCCUGCUUAUGCUCCUGGAUUGCUGGGCCUCCGUGAGCGCCCAGACCAGGGCAACUCCGCCUGUGACGACGGAAGGCCUCAACUCUACGCAGGCAGCCGGGACGACUCUCCGACCCGCCUUGUCUCCUAGGCCCCCUGGAACCCCCAAGGCCCCCGUGCCCUCCACUGGCCCCAGGCCCACCCCGGUCACGGACGUUGCUGCUCUGUGUGUCUGUGACCUGACUCCAGCACAGUGUGACGUCAACUGCUGUUGUGAUCCUGAUUGCAGCUCCAUGGAUUUCAGCGUUUUUUCUGCCUGUUCAGUUCCGAUUGUCACGGGCGAUAGUCACUUUUGUAGUCAAAAAGCAGCCAUCUAUUCAUUGAAUUUUACAGCAAAUCCACCUCAAAGGGUAUUUAAACUUGUCGACCGGAUUAAUCCAUCUAUAUUCUGCAUUCAUAUUACAAACUAUAAACCCGCGUUAUCCUUUAUUAAUCCAGAAGUGCCUGAUGAAAAUAAUUUUGAUAAAUUGAUGAAAACAUCUGAUGGUUUUUCCUUGAGUUCAGAAUCAGAGAUUUCUUUCGAAACCCAGUUGGACAUUCCAGCUACUGCUAAAUAUAAGUAUGGGGCUCGUCUGCAGACUUCAGAUUCAUUUUUGAGAUUUCCCUCUCCCCUUAUGUCAUCUCUGUGCACUGAUGAUAACCCUGCAGCAUUUCUGGUGAACCAAGCUGUUAAGUGCACCAGAAGGAUAAAUUUGGAACAGUGUGAAGAAAUUGAAGCCCUGGGCAUGGCUUAUUACAGCAGCCCUAAAAUUUUGAGGGUGCCUGGUUUAAGAACAAAGGCAGAGAUCCCUAUCACUGUUCAGUCCAUCCUCAUUCAGUCUCUGAAUAAAACACUAACCCGACUGGAGGACUCGGUCGUAUUGAACCAGACUCUUGUUGAGGCUGGGGAUGUUAAAAUCUGCACUAAUGUCGUUCUUGAGGUCAAGUACAGCCUCACAUAUACAGAGGCAGGGGAGAUAGCGCAGGCUGGCCUUGCUCUCCUUCUGGGGACAGUGAGCGGGCCAGUGGUUCCACUCGAGCAGAAGUUUGAAAUUCAUUUCAUUCAGCAAAAUACAAAGCCAAUUCCUCUCAGUGGAAACCCUGGUUAUGUUGUGGGGCUCCCAUUAGCUGCUGGAUUUCAGCCUCAGAAGGGAUCUGGGAUUAUUCAGACCAUGAACAGAUUUGGACAACUUACUAUUCUUCGUAGCACAGCCGAGCAAGACUGCUUAGCAGUCGAGGGGAUCCGGACCCCAGUAUUAUUUGGUUAUGAUAUGCAGUCUGGCUGUAAACUAAGACUGCCCAAAGCCAUCACGUGCCAGCUCGCAGUGCAGAAAGUGAAAAGCCUCCUGAAGGGCCAAGGCUUCCCAGAUUAUGUGGCCCCUUUUGGAAAUUCCCAGGCCCAGGAUGUGCUGGACUGGGUACCGGUCCGCUUCAUCUCCCAGGCAUCCCACAUGAAGGAUUCUUGCCAGCUCCCGAUGGCUUUGGUGAUAGAAGUGAAGUGGACUAAAUACGGGUCCUUACUGAAUCCACAGGCUAAAAUAGUAAACGUGACUGCAAGUCUCCUCUCAUCCUCCUUUCCUGAGACCAACUCAGGAAAUGAGAGGACGGUUCUCCUUUCCACUGCGGUUGCUUUUGUGGAUGCAUCUGCCCCUGCGGAGGCAGGCUUCAGAGCUCGGCCAACCAUCAAUGCCAGGCUGCCGUUUAAUUUCUUCUUUCCGUUUGUUUGACAAUGCUCAUAUGAAAUGAUGCACUGGUUCCUCAUACAUGCGAAAUGUGAAAAGUACAUUUGAGGAGAUUAAAUUUUAUAUA